AUGCUAUACAUGCACACUACUGCUCAAGUCAUAUCUUCGGACGGAAACACUGAGUUUUUUGAAAUACUAGCUGGAGUACUACAAGGAGACACCUUGGCGCCAUAUCUCUUUAUAAUCGCUUUAGACUAUGUCAUGAGGCAAACAACUGAAGAGAAACAAAACCUGGGAUUCAUCCUCGAUAGGGCUAGGAGCAGACGACACCCAGCAAAAGUAAUUUGCGAUGCUGAUUUUGCGGAUGACUUGGCAUUAAUGACAAACAACCUAAACCAAGCGCAAAUACUACUAACGGGACUGGGACAAGCAGCAAGGCAAAUAGGACAACACAUCAACGGCUCCAAAACGGAAUACAUGCUUUUCAAUCAGGACAAUGGAGAAUUAAACACGAUAGGCGGAGAUGUGCUGAACCAAGUAGAGGACUUUCGAUACUUGGGAGGAUGGGUAAAUACCUGCUCAAAGGAUAUAAGUACCAGAAUUGGAAUGGCCUGGUCAGCACUAUCCAAACUAGAAAAAAAUGUUGGAAAUCGGGAUUAA